CAGGGGGCAAGCUUGCUUCCUGGGCAGCGCGUGUCCGGGACUGUUUACAGAAAUGGGGAGCCCAUCGCGCCAGUCGCUAAACAUGUGCUAAACUAGCGGACCCGCAAUCCGCUGCCUUUUGAUUAGGCUUGAAAGGCGAACGACGACAACUGCUGCAGGCAUGCAAGGCUCUGCAGACACACACUCUACUGCUGGCUGCGAACGAACGAACGAACGAACACAGCAUCAUCUUUGGUCCAUAUCUCCAGGUUGCAACAGCCGCCACGGCUUCGCUUAGCCCUUCAACCCGCUUCGCCAACGCUCUGUAGAUACCCGCCACAAUGCUUCGUUCCACGGUACCUGUGGCCAGCGCUUUGCGGUUCUCCGCUCCUGCCCUGCUUCGAUUCGGGGCCAGGUCUUCCGCUGUAGUUUUGCAAACACCUGCAGGCUCUGCCGCCCGUCAAUAUGCGUCCGACCAUCACGACGACCACCACGACGAUGCCGGCCACUCAUCGAAACCGCCGUUGCACAAGGAGGAAUGGUUGGAGGUUGCUCGCAACUGGCCUCACGAGUAUCACUACCCCGGUCACUAUCGGGCAGGUACUCUUGACGAGAUCUACCCUCCAUCGGACAAUUACGGACACAAGGCCGAGACGCCUUCCGGCGCUGAAACCCUAGGCCAGCACGAAACGUUCUUCAACUCCUUCUGGGUCAAAGCCGUUCUCGCCGUCGUGGGCACGACCGUAGCGUACCGCAUCAACGAUUCUUACGCCACCGCCGCCGCGGAACGUGGAGAACCCCACCCGCUGACGCAGUGGCUGACGAAGUACUCGAAUUUAUUCACCGCCGAGCGAGCUCAUGAAGAUCACACGAAAUGGAUUGCCGUCCGCCAACGGGAAGCCGAUGAUAGGUUGAUCGUUCAGCAUGCGUAUGAUCCCAAGCCGUACCGCAUCAGCUUCCCAGGGAUGUUUGAGAGAGCCUCAGACCAUUUGAUAGACGUGGGGUCCCAGAUCAAUGUGUCCGAUGUGAAGAUAAAGUACAGCUGGCAAAAGGACGACGACUUGUUGGGGCCACCCUUCCCCAAAAACAAAUCGUAGACUGGGAAUUCGCUUUCAGACCCGUGUAUUCCCGAUAUUAAAUCUCAUACCAAAUAUACAUGGAGACUCUCCUCGCGACCUACACAGGGGGAUGGGUCGCGUAUUGAAGAUGCAACUCGGUUCAGAGUGCCAUCGGGAAGGGAAGGGAAAGGGUUCA